AUGCUGCCCGUCAAGCAGCCGUGGAUCGAGACGCCGCUGCUCGAAUCCACCGUCCUGUCCAAAAUCGCUGGCUGCCGCAUCUUCCUCAAACUCGAAAACCUCCAGCCUUCGUCGUCGUUCAAGUCCCGGGGUAUCGGCAACUUGAUGCUGAAAAGCAUCCGCGAACAGUCUGAGUCGCCGUCCGACGACCGCCCGCUGCACUUCUACUCCUCGUCCGGAGGCAACGCGGGGCUCGCGUGUGUCACGGCCGCCACGUCGCUGGGGUACGCUUCCUCGGUUGUGGUCCCCACGAGCACGGACGAAGCGACCGUUGCAAAACUACUCGCGGCGGGCGCCAGCGAGGUCAUCUCCCACGGAGACAGCUGGUUCUUCGCCGAUCAACAUCUCCGAGAGGUCGUCAUCCCCACCGCGGAAGCCCGGGGCGAGAAGGGCAUCUACAUCCACCCCUUCGACCACCCGUACAUCUGGCAGGGCGCGGGGACCAUGGUCGAGGAGAUCCAGAAGCAGAUGCCGGACGGGGAGAAGCCAGACGGCAUCGUCUGCUCGGUGGGUGGGGGCGGACUGUUCUCCGGCAUUAUGCAGGGCCUCGACCGAGUGGGCUGGUCCGACCAGGUCCAGGUGCUGCCCGUGGAGACGCUGGGCGCCGACUCCUUGGCGCAGUCACUGCAGAAGAAGGAGCUCGUCACGCUCCCCGGCAUCACGUCUGUGGCGACCUCGCUGGGCGCAAUCCGCGUGGCGGAGAACGCCUUUAGGGAAGCCCAACGGCCUGCCGUCACGUCCGUGGUGCUAGACGACGCCGAGGCCUGCGCCGCCUGCUGGCGCUUCCUGGACGACGAGAGGAUCCUCGUCGAGCCGGCCUGCGGCGCGAGCGUGGCCCUGGCGUACGACGGGCGGCUGAAGCGCGUGCUGAAGGGAUUCGGCCCGACCUCCAAGGUCGUGAUCGUCGUCUGCGGCGGGUCCAAGAUCUCGCUCGACCUGUUGAACAGCUACCGGAAGAAGUACCAGCAGCGGAGCGAGGAGCUGGCAAGGAAGUAUCGGCAAGAGAGCUAG